AUGGGUGCCAAUACCAUCACCGUAACCAACAACUCCACCUCUGACGUUUCCGUCAGUGUCACAUACCACGGAAACGACUUUCAAAAGGGCGGAAGCGAGCUCUGGUAUAAUCUUAAAGCCAACGGAGGAUCCGAUACCUGGAAUUACAGGUCCGACAAUCAAAUCGUCAGAGUUGCUAGAAGCCAGAAUGCUGGGACAGGAAUCGAGUCUUUCCUCGCUGUACCAGGGAAAACCAUCUAUAUCAACUAG